AAGAAGGAACUCAACAGGGUCAAUGCAGUAUCAACAUGUGUAUAUAUUUUACGAGCACACUUACAAUUUCAGAUCGACCUCUAUACGUUUACUAUCUAUAUGAAACAAGUUCUCUUAGAAAAAACCUCAUUAAUUGAUGGAAGAAGCUGCAAGCUCGAGAAAGAUAGGUAGCAGUUUGAAAGUACCUAGAGUUCAAGAGCUGGCAAAGCAACAACUAGCCGUUCCGCCACGAUAUAUUCGUGAUGAUAUCGAAACGCCUGUUUUGACAUCCAAUUCCUCUUCCAUAUUGCCUCAAGUUCCAGUCAUUGACAUGGAAAAACUGCUCGCAAUUGGAAAUGAUGGUUCAGAGCUUCAGAGGCUUCAUUUUGCUUGCAAAGAAUGGGGAUUUUUCCAGUUGGUGAAUCAUGGAGUGAGCUCAUCAUUAGUGGAGAAAGUGAAGUCGGAAAUCCGAGCAUUUUUCGAUCUACCACUGGAAGAGAAGAAGUUUGAGCAAGUAGAAGGGGAUGUUGAAGGAUAUGGACAAAACUUUGUUUUUUCUGAAGAGCAAAAAUUAGACUGGGCAGAUAUGUUUUACAUGACCACUCUCCCUACCCAUUUGAGAAAACCUCACUUAUUCCCAAAGCUCCCCCUCUCUCUCUCUAAUAAGGAAAUCAUGGAAGCACACUGCCAAGAAUUCAAGAGCGUAGCAAUAAGCAUCCUUUGUCAAUUGGCAAAGGCUUUAAAGAUGGAUGAAAAGGAAAUGAAAGAUCUGUUCACAGAUGGUAUGCAGUCAAUAAGGAUGAAUUAUUAUCCUCCUUGCCCUGAGCCACACAAAACCAUUGGCUUAAGUCCUCAUUCUGAUGCUGAUGCCCUCACCAUCCUUCUCCAGCUUAAUGAAACUGAAGGUCUCCAAGUUCGAAAAGACGGUAUUUGGGUUCCUGUAAAACCCCUCCCAAAUGCUUUGAUUGUCAACGUGGGCGAUAUGAUGGAGAUAAAUAAGAUUUUCCUUAUAGUGAUCAAUGGUGUUUAUAGGAGCAUUGAGCACAGAGAAGUUGUUAACUCAAACAAAGAGAGGCUAUCUCUUGCAACAUUCUAUAUCUUUAAU